AUGCCGUUGCCAGGACAAGAGGGUUUCGAUAGUCUGGACACUUCCGGCCAUGAUAACAGCACCGAUAAAGCCACUACAAUCAGUGAAGAUGGGCACGUCAGCGACAGCUCAAGUGAGCGGUCGACAAUUUUGCUGGAAAACCCAUCGAAAGAAGAUCCAGGUCAAACGGUCGCCGAGCUGAUGGGGCAGAUCCGACGACUAGAGGUUGAGGAUUACGCCAACUGCAAUCGUGCACGAACCAUGUUUGACAUUCAAAGGAAAUUCCUGCAAAUUGUCCUGAUGCACGUGGAUUUCUUCGAGCCAACCAUGUGUCGGCAAAUGGUCCCGUCACUCGUGAAAUCGCUUGAACACCUUUUCGAGACUCUCACAAUGAUUCGCGACGGCAAACCAACCAAUCAGUCUCAAAAGACCUGGGACAAAACGACAGUGACGAACCUAAAUUGGGCUAUGUUCUGCGUACGUGCAUGCCUUGGAUUCGAACAGGAUAUGCACAUAUGCCGGAGAUGCGCCUUUCUCGACCGUUACAUCCGAGAAUGUCGGGAGGAACUUGCUCCAUCACGGCACGACAUCGAACAGUGGGCCUUUCCAAUUAAUGCAUUGCCAGAAGGCCAUCCGCAUGCCACGUUCAAAGCUAGAGUUGGUGAUGUCCAUGCAGACGCGUUUUUGCUCAGCUAUCUUCAUCACGUUGCGCCACUCCACGAAGCAGCUUUCAAGCGGAUCUAUGGUGUCACGUCCGCAGCUGCGGAGAUAGCGGAUGAAGUAAGUGGCAUGAGCCAUGUUCUUAACUUAGCGGCGACCAGGCGCCUCAACAUGGAAAUUACGCACCUAGACGCCUAUCUACGUGCGGUUGCCAAUAGACUUUCCGAAGCGAUACGUCUGUACCAGGAGCUGGACUAUGAUGAAGUUACAAAGACGUCGAAGGAGCUUUCGGAGCUUUCGGAGCACAUCGAAGCACUCCUUUGUUUUUCAAUUGAGCCUUCAGAGGGAGGAAUGGCCACCCACGACAAUGACCGUGCCUUGCCCGAAGGCGUCAACUCUCUGCUCGAUACCGACCUGUACAAGUUGACCAUGCAGUGCUGUGUGCUCAAAUACUUUCCCAACGUAAAUGUCACCUACAGCUUCACGAACCGCACUCCCCACAUGCGCUUCACUCGUGCCGCCCAUCGCUGGCUCCAGUCCCAAAUCGACAAGCUCGCGAACAUCACCUUUUCGCAGCCCGAGCUCGACUUUCUCAAGAACAGCUGCACCUACCUAAACGACCAGUACCUUCGCUUUCUUAGCACCUUCCGGCUACACCCAGAUGUCCAGAUCAAGCUUUCGUUCAAGGCGGACAAUGACACUGGCGCCGACGAGGACGUAGGCGACCUGGAUCUCAGGACGGAGGGGCUGUGGGUCGAGACGAUAUUAUACGAGAUUCCUUUGCUCGCUCUCAUCAGCGAGGCAUACUUCAAGUUCUGCGAUACGGAUUGGACCCACGACGGUCAAUUGGACAAGGCAUACCGGAAGGGAGUCGAAUUGCUGGAGAAUGGGUGCAUCUUCUCCGAGUUCGGCAGCAGACGAAGGCGUGACUACCACACCCACGACCUCGUUAUGCAGGGUCUCAUGAAGGCGGCAAAGGAGGCAGACGGUAACGGCUGGGCGGGAAAGGUGACAGGCACGAGUAAUGUCCAUUUUGCCAUGAAGUACGGUGUUGCUCCCGUCGGGACUGUCGCCCACGAAUGGUUCAUGGGUGUCGCAGCGGUGACAAACAACUACGAGGACGCCAACGAGAUUGCCCUCAGCUACUGGGUCAGCACGUUUGGCGAGGGUGUGCUGGGCAUCGCUUUGACCGACACAUUCGGCACACCUGACUUCUUGAAAGCAUUCAAGAAGCCGAUCCCCAGGUAUACGAGUGCCGAACCGGGCUCGGCCGCGACAGCGGCGUCGGUGGCCGCGAGCUCCACACUGCCCGACACGGCAGCGCUCGGGAACACCGAGCCGCCUAUCCGGGCCCCGAUUCGCAAAGGCGAUAGCACGAAUACGGGGGCGCCGACAUUUGCCCAGACGUUUACCGGGGUGCGGCAGGACUCUGGAGACCCCAGGGGCUUCAUCAAGAUGAUGCGCGACUUCUACGACAAAGAGGGCAUCAAGGACAAGAAGGUCAUCGUCUUCUCCGACUCGCUCAACAUCGGGCUGUGCCUCGAGUACAAACGGGCGGCCGAGGCCGAGGGAUUCCAGCCAACGUUCGGGGUAGGGACGUUUCUGACCAAUGAUUUCGUGCGCGCGUCCACGGGCCAGAAGUCGGUGCCCCUCAACAUUGUCAUUAAGAUAGCAUCGGCAGAGGGCAGGGCUGCGGUCAAGAUCAGCGACAAUAUCGGCAAAAACACAGGCGACAAGGCCAUGGUUGCGGACGUGAAGCGGCGGCUGGGCUAUGUCGAGAAGGAGUGGGUGGGCGGAGACGAGCGCACGCGGUGGGGAACGGAGGGCGCUGCGUCUCCAAAGGCUGCCUGA